AUGUCUUCCGGUGAUGAUACUACCAAAGAAACCCUCGUCAAGCGCAAGCGAGCCGCCGAAGCCAACAAUGCAGUUCCUCCACCCAAGCGCCAUCGAUCCGACGCCGUCGAACAACUUCUGGAAACGAUGAGAUUCCAGAAUCAACAGAUCAAGCAAGCCAUGAACAUCUGGAUACGACUCAAGGGCGGCGAAGCCAAGCUAGGCGAUGCCAACUCAAACUUCCUCAGUAUCGUCAAGUCUGCGAUGUACAGUGGAACACUGGCCAUGAAGUUGGUGGAGAAGCAAGGUGCUGAUGAGGAUGAUCGCGACAACCAAAUCGAAGAACGACUUUGUGAAAUGGAAGUUUCCCUCACCUCCAAACAAAACGAAAACUUCGACAUGCUUCAAGAAGACAUUGAAGGAGAUAUUUAUGACACCGCCACCGAAGCUGCCGAAAACCUGUUGCUGUCGACAAAGUUCGCUGAAGCCAUUAGCAACGUUGUCGUCCAGGAUCCAGACAUUAUCUGUGAUGAAGAGUUGAUCGAGAUGAAGAAGUUUGUUCGUCGUCAGAUGAAGGUUGCAAAGGAUGCUCCAGAGUCUUCUCAAGAUGUUAUUCGUGAGCAUGAAGCUGAGAUUGGGUUUGAGGGUUCGGUGUAA